AUCCGCAUCGACCAAUGGGAUCCUCCGAACGAAGUAGAGUUUAGAUUUGGUUGAUGAGCUGCUAGCAUAAUAAGACUUUUGUUAGCUGGGCGACCGAGCCUUUGUUUUCAUAAAUCUUUUCCACGUUUGCUUUUAAAGAAGAUACGUUUAAUCGGAACACAUUACCCUAAUCUCGAAAGCUCGAUUCAGAUGGUGUUGGCCCUAAAUUCGCGUCAGCUUUGUUCAAGUCGUUAGCUUAGCCGGCUAAGAGCUAGCCUCGGGUUAACAACUCAUCCAGAAGCUCCUCAGUGCUUCUACUCUACUGCCACGAAGCAACCCCUACUUGAAGAUCUGAAGUGGCUUCAGUCCAUCGUGGAUCCAGCAGCGCGCGGUCAUGGGAGAGCCCUCAGCGCAGAGCUUCUCCUCCCUGGAAGAAGAGCUCCACUUCUGGAAGAGCCAGGCAGAGGGACACCAGCAAAGGGCCGACGAGGCCAACGAGGAGCUGCAGGAGUUCCAGCAGAUGAGCCGAGACUACGAGGCGGAGCUGGAGACGGAGCUGAAACACUGCGAUGCGCGCAACAAAGAGCUGCUUUCAGACAACAGCAGGCUCAGAAUGGAGCUGGACAACAUUAGGGAGAAGUACGACAUCCAGCACGCCGAAGCGUUCAGACAGAUCUCGACGUUGGAAGGCGACCUGGCCCAGACCACGGCGGCCAGAGACCACCUCCAGAAGUACAUCAGAGAGCUGGAGCAGUCCAACGACGACCUGGAGCGGGCGAAGAGGGCCACCAUCAUGUCGCUGGAGGACUUCGAGCAGAGGAUGAAUCAGGUCAUUGAGCGCAACGCCUUCCUGGAGAGCGAGCUGGACGAGAAGGAGACGCUGCUGGAGUCGGUACAGAGGCUGAAGGACGAGGCCAGAGACCUCCGGCAGGAGCUGGCGGUGCAGCAGAAGGACCCGAGGCCGCUGGGCAGCUCGGCGCUGGACUGUGAGAAGAUGGACCUCCAGAGGCCCGGCCCCUGCAGCCCGGCCGCGCCCUCCAAGCCCCCGGUGCCCUUCGCCACGCCCGCCUCCAGCCUCCGCAGAGGCGACAGUCUGGCCGGAACACCACUGACGACAUCGGCCAGAAUAUCUGCCCUCAAUAUUGUGGGGGAACUUCUGAGGAAAGUGGGGAACCUGGAGUCCAAGCUGGCGUCGUGCCGGGACUUUGUGUACGACACCAACAGCAGCCGGGCUCUGCUCCUGGCCGGGCCCCUCUCCCCCGGGGCCCUCUCUGCCGUGGACGGCGCCGCCGACCCCCUGGCCGGCACCAUGAGUCCUCCCCCCCAGUACGACAGCCUGGUGAAGCGGUUAGAGUUCGGACCGGCUCCUCCACGCGGCGUCACCCAGGGCCCCCAGUCCCCCCAGGGAGGGGUCAAGAUCCUGCUGUAAUCCAAGGACCAAGCCCCCACUACCCCCUCGGGACCACCGCAUGGAGACUUAAACCCACGUCCUAACAGGCCCUCUAAGACUGUCUGAAUGGCUGCCCCCCCCCCCCCCACCACACAUAACCAGCACAAUGGCUUCUGCUGUUCCUGUCCCGGCCUCUCUGCAUCCCGAUGCUACGAUAUCAAUGAACCGACCCAGAUGGGGACCUCCAUCGCUGUCCCCACGUCAGAGACCGCACUGCCCAGGAGGGAGGCCACCCCUCUGGCCACCGACCCUCUGUGGACAGGAGGGCGCCCCCUGCUGCGUCGGAGGGCUACGGCAGUACUCCCACUGGCAGGAGAGGACUGGGUCUGCUGGUACCGGAGUGUUCGAUCGGUCCGGGUGUACUUUACACAUUUCACGACAGCAGGACGUUGACACUGUGACACACUGGGCCUCGCUGUCGAUAGCUCGCUGUGCACAGACUUUGAGACCAUGGAGAGGAAACUAUACAGUAUAAAGCUAACAGAUUUAUGAUCGUGAUGCCAAACUUGAAGCAGAUUAAAAGGUCCCAUCGCCUAGGUGAUGGCAUUUAAAAAAAAAACUAACAUAGUGUCUUUAAAUAUAAUGGUUUUACUUUGAACAAAUUCAGGGUUUAGAAAGAGCCAAUAAGCGGUCUCGAACUAAUCAAGUUUUGAACAUAAUAUUCUAGUAUAAACAGAAUAGGAUUGAAGAAUAGAAGCCAUCUAUUAUAAUGUUGUUGUACAAUGAUGUUAGACUAUGGUGUGUUGAGAUGGAGUCGAGGGUUUCCCCAGCUUUGCCGUUACUGCCUUUAAUAGCUGAAUCUUCUUUAUCAGAGCAGACCUGGAACCAUCCCAUCGGCCGACCUUUGAACUCUCGGCCGGGCCAGCAGAAGGCAGGGUUCUGCUACUUAAGUAGCAUUAGCACAAGCAGGAACUCAAAAGUACACAUUCAAGUUUUAAUUGAACCAGAUGCUUUGGGUCGACUAGUGGCCCGUCCGGGAGUUGAUCUCAGAUCGGGGAGAAGCUUGUGACUUGAAACGGCCCACUCAGCCGUUUACUAGAGCUAGGGUUAGAGUUUAUAACGAUACAGAGUUGGGAUUUAGUUUAUUUAGCCAUUAUCUGGUUUAAAGUUGAAAGAGGAGAGAAUAUCUACUUUUAGUGUCCCAACGAAAGAGGAUCAGCAGAUAUGCAGGUUGAGAUGUUUAGAGAGGGUUUAAGAUUUGUUGAGACACUGUUCUUCCAGCAGAAACAUGAAAAAUAUUUUCUAUUAUUGAUUUCUACCCCUCCAGGAACUUUAAGGAAUGCUCUGCCGUGUCGUGUUGGUUAUUACGAAUACAGGGAAUCCAUGUGGAAUAUUGUACAUUUAAGAACAAUGUUUCACCAGUAUGUUUUUGCUUAACGUCUCGGCACAUACAAGAGUGGACCAAUUAGUACCGGUUAACGAUCCACCAAGUUGUGUGUGUGUGUGACCUAAGUUGUUGCACACACACCCCCUGCUGAUGUCAUGUGAGCUUACAGACUGUAUCUGGCCAUGCUACAAUGCAUCCACCUAGACUACUGUAUGUGCCUGUGGAGCUCCAACAAUAACCAUAUCUUCUAUCGUGUUUGUUUGCAUUUUGUAUCAAGAUGAGCAGAUAAUAAUAUCACUAUGCAGUGUGUUGUCAUUCAGCGAGACGGAAACAAUAAAAGGAGAGUCCCUCUAUCAUUUUA